AUGGUUCCCAAUCAACGAACCGGUGGCUUCGUGCCAUCCUACGUACACAAAACCAUCUCAAAGAGCAACGCCGUCUCCCCCGAGGCCCAGAAGUCCGCCGCCGCCACGCUUCAAUUCGACCAGGCCCGAGUUGCUACCGGUGGAGCGCAGGACCCUCAACGAGGCAACCAGAACUGGAACGCUGAACAGGACGCUGCUGCUGCGCCCGAGCGGGAGGGAAACACUGCUGGAGAUGACCAGGCGAGCAAUGAGAGCAAUGAUAGAAAGGGCGGAAACCUCCCUGCGGAACUCCUCACAGCCAUUGUGAGCCAAGUUGAUUCCCGUUCAGAUCUUCUGAGUCUCAAAAUCACCUGCCACAUCCUCUACAGACUGGCAGAUCGACAGCUCUGGAGGGUUCUCGACCUUGGAACACCCGCUUCCGUCCUCAACACGCUCCAAGAGAUGCUCAUGCACCCAGCGCGGCGAUUCCACGUUCGAGAAGUCCGCAUCACCCAGAUCCCCGAACCGGAAGACGUCCUCAGAGUCCCCAGCAUCGUCAUCUCUAGACACCGGUUCAUACCCUACCCGGGCCGCGAAGGAUCCUCGGUCCUAGAAUUCUGCCGCGUCGCGCACGUCACGAAUUACUUGUUUUGGGCGUACGGGACUCCCCUACGCCAGAUUGGUAAGGCUUUUAUGCCAUACGAGCUCAGCUGGGUCUUCCUGGAAGCCUUACUCGCUGCUAUUAUGCUUCUUUCUCCCCGCCUGAGGACCCUAACCGUCGACGUCCCAAUCACACACUAUCACAGGUGGAGUUUUGCUCCGGACAGGAUCUUCGCGGUGGCUAACAAUAUAUUUGACACGGCUGCGGAGGACCCCGAACACUGCCCCCUCUUGCCUCCCAUUAAGGCUCUCAAGCUCCGCCCAGGUGCGCCACUGGGCGGCGCUUGGUGUUCACUCGAUGCCUUCUUCACCCUGAAAAGAGACCCUAGUAUCAAGCGCAUAGACCUCACCCGUACCGAUAUGAUGUGGGACUUCCGACCCCUCAACGUCCCUCAUUAUCUGCCCAACCUUCAGGACAUCCGCUUAGAUCGCGGCGUCCACACUGCGGCGCGAAUGGCUAGGCUUGCUAUCUGUCGGGAUGGCGGGUGCCUCCGCGUCGACAUGACUGCCGCUUGGAAGCACCGCGAGACCCUCGCCUCCUUCCUGAAGAACCGUGCCGAGCGCCUGAAACGCCUGCACUAUUUCAUCUCCGCAGAGGCCCUGCAGCCGGUCCCGACCUGCUACGGCUCACCCGCAUUGCAUUUGAUCGGUCUCUCGGAGCUGCAGUGUCUCGCCCACCUAGAGACGGACACCUCGGCCAUCUACGGGCCCAUUACACAGGUUCUCCGCAUCUCCCUCAGCGUCAAACUCCCUCCCAACCUGAGGUUUCUCAGACUCGUUGAGGAUUGGAGUCUCCAGAGGCGUCUUGAAGGUCCCGAACUCCCCGAGUACAGGAAGACGAUGUACGGUCACUUAGUCGGGCUUGUCAAGGGAUAUAACGCGCUUCUGGGGAUUCAAACCAUUGUAUUUGAGCCUCAUUUGGGAGUUUAUUGGUCGGGUUUGAGCGGGCCUGCGGAGUGGAGGCGUGGAGCGAAUGCGAGUGAUCCGUUUACAUGCUUGAGGGAAGCGGUUGAGGCCGAUGAGUCGAUGUCUGUGCAGGUGAGGGAGGUUAGUAGUGAUAGGAUGAGCAAGAAGAAGGGUAUCCAAGAAGAAGAAGAAGAAGAGGAAGAAGCUCUCGAGAAUGAAAUCAGAAGCUGGAGAGGAUUCGGAACAGGGAGAACACUCGGAAGGGAAUGA